AUGCCAUCAUGGUGUACCGAACGAAACAGUAAUAUACGUUGUGAAGGAUGUGAACAGUUAUAUUGUCUUCCAUGUAUGAAUACACAUCAUAAAGAACUUAUUAUACAAUUCGAAUUAUUAUUUGGAAUUCAAAAUGAAUUAAAAGAAUCAUUUAAUAUUGUUGAGUCCAAUUGGCAAAACAAAAAAGAAUUUUCUUGUUUGUUUGAAAUCGAUCAAUGGGAACAAGAAAUUAUCAAUCGUAUUCGACAAAUUGCCGAGAACGCUCGAACAACUGUUAAUGAUAUGAUGAUAAAGAAUAUGUCUGAUAUUCGUCAACGGAUUGAUCAACUCACUUUUGAUAUGCAACAACGUCAACAAGAAGGAAAUUAUUUAGAUAAUGAUAUUAUUGAAAUACGAAAUCAAUUAGAACAAUUAAAUAAUUCUAUUAAAAAUAUUAAUGAAAAAAUUCGAAUAAAUUAUACAGGAACAAAUAAAGUAGAUUGGAACUCUUUGAUAAAUGUUACUGCGGACAAAAAAUUAACAGAAAAAAAAUUAAUAGUAAAUCGUUUCAAUUUUUCAGAAUUUUAUCCGGAAGAAAAAACCACUCACGAAAAAAUUUGGCAGAAUCUAAGAAAAUUCAUCAAAAAUAAGCAUACAAAUAAUGAUUUCAGAACUCAACAAUCUAAUUUUAAACGUAACACAUCUUUACUUUUUGAACCAAUCGUACUUACUGCCUGUGAGGCAUCUACUUGUUCAGUUUCCAAACGAAAUCCAUGUACCAAUGCAAUAAAACCUAUGUCCGAUAAUUUUCGACGAAAAUCAUUGUCAGACAAUAAAAUAAUGAAUUCUAUAAUUUUUACAUCAGGCAACCAUGAUCCAAUACUUCCUCAAGCAUCGGACGCCUAA